CGGCGGGGCAGCGCCGGGGCACUGCCGCCUCCCUGCUCGCCCUCGCCCUGGGGCUCCUCGCCGCCGCGCAGCCUUUGGGAACUUUAUGGACCAGUUUUCCUUUUCCUCUCUGAAACAAAUGUCAGCAGAGUCAAGAUCCAUAAACUCACUGUUGAAAAGUGAAAACAAAGUGCUGACUCAGCCACAGGGAGUUGGAACCAGGUUGCUCCCAGAACAGGUUUGUGGAGACCAAAAUCAAGGAGCAGUUUUCCUACGUGAAUUUACAUUGAUUCGGAGAGAAAGUCUUCAUGAUGAUUUCCUAUCUGAUUUGCUGAAUAACCACAAAACAGAAGACCCGAGCUCCAGAACAGCUCGCUCGGAGGAAGACCGAGACUCACUGUGGGAUGCCUGGGGCUCGUGGAGCGAAUGUUCACGCACUUGUGGAGGAGGGGCUUCGUAUUCACUGAGACGCUGCCUAAGCAGCAAGACCUGUGAAGGGCGAAACAUCCGGUACAGGACGUGCAGCAAUGUGGACUGCCCACCAGAAGCAGGUGACUUUCGUGCCCAGCAGUGUUCUGCUCACAACGACGUCAAGUACCAGGGGCAGUUUUAUGAGUGGCUUCCCGUCUCUAAUGACCCCGACAACCCAUGCUCGCUGAAGUGCCAGGCCAGGGGAGCAGCUCUGGUUGUAGAGCUGGCACCAAAGGUUCUGGAUGGGACCCGGUGUUACACUGAAUCCCUGGACAUGUGCAUCAGCGGCUUGUGCCAAAUCGUUGGCUGUGACCGCCAGCUGGGAAGCGCUGUCAAGGAAGAUAACUGUGGGGUCUGCAAUGGCGAUGGGUCCACCUGCCGUCUGGUUCGAGGCCAGUAUAAAUCCCAGCUCUCAGCAAAUAAACUGGAUGAUACAGUGGUUGCUAUUCCCUAUGGAAGCAGGCAAGUUCGCCUCGUGCUGAAAGGACCCGAUCAUUUAUAUUUGGAAACCAAGACUCUCCAAGGUGUGAAGAGUGAAAACAGCCUCAGCUCCACAGGCUCCUUCCUUGUGGACAAUUCUAGCAUCGACUUCCAGAAGUUUCCUGACAAGGAGAUAUUAAGAAUACCUGGGCCUCUCAGUGCAGACUUCACUAUAAAGAUCCGCUAUGCUGGUGCUGCCGACAGUUCAGUUCAGUUUAUCUUCUAUCAGCCUAUCAUUCACCGAUGGAGGGAAACUGAUUUUUUCCCUUGCUCAGCAUCCUGUGGCGGAGGUUAUCAACUGACAUCUGCUGAAUGUUUUGAUCUGAGAAGCAACCGGGUAGUAGCAGAUCAAUACUGUCACUAUUAUCCUGAAAAUAUCAAGCCAAAGCCAAAACUUCAAGAGUGUAAUCUGGAUCCUUGUCCUGCAAGUGAUGGAUACAAGCAGAUCAUGCCCUAUGACCUCUACCAUCCCCUUCCGCGAUGGGAAAGUACACCCUGGACUGCCUGUUCCUCAUCUUGUGGAGGGGGCAUUCAAAGCCGCAGUGUCUCAUGUGUGGAAGAAGACAUUCAGGGUCAUAUCAGCCCAGUGGAAGAAUGGAAAUGCAUGUAUACUCCAAAGAUGCCUGUUGUCCAGCCUUGCAAUAUAUUUGACUGCCCGAAGUGGCUUGCUCAGGAGUGGUCUCCGUGCACCGUGACGUGUGGACAAGGACUCAGGUACCGUGUGGUCCUUUGCAUUGAUCACAGGGGGAUGCAUACAGGAGGCUGUAGUCCUAAAACAAAGCCACACAUAAAAGAAGAGUGCAUCGUACCCACUCCCUGCUACAAACCCAAAGAGAAACUUCCUGUGGAAGCAAAGUUGCCAUGGUAUAAGCAGGCUCAAGAGCUGGAGGAAGGGGCAGUGGUAUCUGAAGAACCAUCGUUUAUUCCUGAGGCUUGGUCCACCUGUAGUGUCACCUGUGGAGUGGGCAGCCAGGUGCGGCUUGUGAAAUGCCAAGUGCUCCUCUCUUUCUCUCAGUCUGUGGCUGACUUGCCCAUCGAUGAAUGUGAAGGUCCCAAACCUGUGUCUCAGAGAGCCUGUUACAGCGGUCCCUGCAGCGGGGAGGCAACCGAAUAUACCCCAGAGGAAACUGAGCUGCUGUAUGGCAGCUUGCAGGAGUUUGAUGAGCUCUAUGACUGGGAAUACGAGGGCUUUACGCAGUGUUCAGAGUCCUGUGGAGGAGGUGUCCAGGAGGCUGUGGUGACCUGCCUGAACAAACAAACCAGGGAGACUGCAGAUGAGACACUGUGUGUAACCAGCCGCCGUCCUCCACAGCUGCUGAAAGCCUGUAGCCUGGACCCUUGCCCCCCAAGAUGGGAGAUUGGGAAAUGGAGCACCUGCAGUCUUACCUGUGGGGUUGGAUUGCAGACACGAGAUGUCUUCUGUUCCCAUCUACUAUCAAGAGAGACUAACGAGACCGUGAUUUUGGCAGAUGAAUUGUGCUAUAAACCUAAGCCAUCCCUCGUGCAAGCCUGUAAUCGCUUUGACUGCCCGCCUUCCUGGUAUCCUACAGAAUGGCAAGAGUGUUCGCAGACAUGUGGCGGUGGUGUUCAGAAGCGAGAUACUCUUUGUAAGCAGCGCCUGGCAGAUGGAAGCUUGUUAGAGCUCCCAGAAACCUUCUGCUCCACACCAAGGCCAGUUACUCAACAAGUCUGCAAAAAUGAGGAUUGUCCCAAUGAGUGGCUUCUCUCUGACUGGACACAGUGUUCAGUGAGCUGUGGAGAGGGCACCCAGAGUCGAAAUGCCAUUUGCAGAAAGAUGUUGAAAAACGGGGAAUCUGUCAUCAUCAAUUCCUCACUGUGCCCACCUUUGCCAUUCUCGUCCCUGAUCAGGCCCUGUGCGCUAGGCACAUGUGCAAGGCACAACAGGCCAGCUCAUAAGCAAAGCCCCCAUAUUAUGGCCGUAAAGAAAGUUUACAUCCAGACAAGGAAGCAGAAGAAGCUACACUUCAUUGUGGGUGGCUAUGCCUACCUACUGCCCAAAACCUCCAUUAUUCUCCGAUGCCCUACAAGGAGGUUCCGGAAAUCAAUGAUCACUUGGGAGAAGGAUGACAAGAGGCUCGUCAGCUCAGCUCACAUCACUGUUGCACCCUAUGGGUACAUGAAAAUCCAUCGUUUGAAGCCUUCAGACACCGGGACAUACACCUGCACAGCAGGGCCAGCCCGAGAGCAUUUUGUAAUUAAACUAAUUGGAAGCAAUAGGAAGAUCAUUACUGGGCAGCCAACUGGUAUUAGGGAGGAAGAGGCACUGAGAAAGGCCAGCUUAAAUGAAGCCUUGCGAACACAGGAGAAACAUAUUAAUGGGAUUCUCUUCAAUGGGAGCAAGGCUGAAAAGCGAGGGCACCUUGUUGACCCCAGCAACUGGUAUGAUGAUAUUGUCUCAAGGCUGCUACAGCACAGGGGCUGGCCAGGGGAAAAUCUGGAGUCCUGGGAAGCCCAGGAGUCCACAGAGAGAAACACAUCCUCAGAGGAGGACCAGAGCAGGGAGUAUAGCCUGCCAUUUACUAUGGUCACAGAGCAGAAACGUUUGGAUGAUAUCAUAAGGAACUUGUCUCAACAACCUGAGGAGCUUAAAGAUGUCUACACUGAGCAGCUUGUUGUGCAGCUGGCUCACGAGGUUUUCAAGAGCCACCUGGAGCACCAGGAAUCUGUCCUCAAAGCAUCAAGACGAAGAGUAGAUUCAUCCUCGGUGGAGUACCCUCUCCACAGACAUGUUUCUGGAUUUACCAGCUCCCUGAGGACAUCAUCUGCUGAAGCAUAUGUUCCCACCUCUGUAGACCUACCAAAUGGUUUGCGCAGACCUCAUCAAAAGCCUGCCAUCCUCCGAAAGAUUUCAGCAGCACAACAGCUUUCUGCUUCAGAGGUUGUCACCCACCUGGGACAGACAGUGGUCCUAGCCAGUGGUACGCUGAGCGUGCUACUUCACUGCGAAGCAGUGGGAAACCCAAAGCCCACUAUCAGCUGGGCUAAGAAUGGAGAGGAGGUGAAAUACAAUGAUAGGAUAUUACUUCAGCCUGAUGACUCCUUGCAGAUUCUAGCACCCGUGGAAGCUGAUGUGGGUUUCUAUGCUUGCAAUGCAUCCAGUGCCCUGGGAUCUGACACUGUCUCCAUUGCUGUCACUCUAGCAGGAAAGCCGCUGAUAAAGGCAUCAAGAGCUACUGUGAUCAACACUGAAUCGCCUGCUGUCACUGUUGAUAUUGGAAGCACAGUGAAAACCAUCCAGAGAGCAAACAUUACCAUUAGCUGCCAGGUUGCAGGUGUUCCUGAAGCAGAAGUUACUUGGUUUAAGAACAAGGUCAAGCUUUCCUCUGCUCACCAUCGGCAUGAUGGGCUGCUGCUAAUUGCAAAUGUUUCUCUGUCAGAUCAGGGGUUGUACUCCUGCAAGGCAGCCAAUCUUCGUGGUGAGGUAACUGAAAGCUCCCAGCUGUUGGUUCUUGAGCCUCCACGACCUCUUCCUUACUUAGAAGACCUGACAGCAAUACUUUCCAGUGCUGAGACCGGCACCCGUUCAGUGCUGACCUCUCCUUCAGGAACAAAAAUGACUGUCAGUCCAGGGGGUUCUGUUCUCAUAGGUUGUGCUGUGGACGGUCAUCCAACCCCAAACAUCACCUGGCUUUACUCUGGCGAGCCUCUCAGCUUGCGGCAUCGCCUCCUGGCAGCGGGCCGUAUUCUUCAGAUACUCAACGUCAGUGAUGCUCCUGAUGGUGAAUUCAGCUGCCUUGCGCAGAAUGAGGCUGGAUCACUCACACAAAAAACGUCCCUGGCUAUACAAGAAUACCGGUGGUCAGUGGACAAGCUGAUGGCUUGUUCGGCUUCCUGUGGCCACAAAGGGGUGCAGCUGCCCCAGCUGAGGUGCUUUCUGGAUGGGGCCGAAGUCAACAUAUCCCACUGCAAAGAGAAGCCCAAGCCAGCCCUGCAGCCUAUUGCAUGCAACAGAAGAGACUGCCCUUCACGGUGGAUGGUAACAUCGUGGUCUCCUUGCACACGGAGCUGUGGUGGAGGCAUCCAGAUGCGGCGAGUGACAUGUCAGCGCCUGACAGCGAAAGGCAGCUCUGUCCCAAUGUCGAAUGAGGCUUGUGCCCAGGUGUCCAAGCGCCCUGUGGACACACAGAACUGUAACAGGCAGCCCUGUGUUGAGUGGGUGGCUUCCUCCUGGGGCCAGUGUAACGGGCCUUGCAUUGGACCACGGCUGGCUGUGCAGCACAGGCAGAUAUUUUGCCAGACCAAAGAUGGGACUUCUGUGUCAUCAGAUCAAUGCAGUGCCUUACCAAGGCCUUUGAGCACCCAGAACUGCUGGACUGAUGUCUGCGGCGUGCACUGGAGGGUCAGCCUGUGGACCGUCUGCACGGCUACUUGUGGAAACUACGGCUUCCAGUCCCGGCGCGUGGACUGCGUGCACGUGCGUACCAACAAGCCCGUGCUGGAGCAUCACUGCUCCUGGAGGCCACGGCCGGUGAACUGGCAGCGCUGCAACAUCACGCCCUGUGAAAACGUGGAGUGCAGAGACACCACAAGGUACUGUGAGAAAGUGAAGCAGCUCAAACUCUGCCAGCUCACCCAGUUCAAGUCACGCUGCUGUGGGACUUGUGGAAAAGCUUGAGGACAAAAGUGAUGGAAAUGGAGGAACAAGGGGAUCGCAGCCUUUGCUUCACAGAGGCAUGGACUUUUACAGAAAAUAUAAAUGGAAUGGAAUUCUUUUUUUCAUUUUAUUUAUUUAUUUCCCUUUAAAAAAAAAAAAGAAAACCUUUUACCAAAUCAUUGUUGUAAAGGGACUUGACAAGUUUUCUCUUCUAUGAAUCUGGGAGACAGAAUGCAGCAAAACAUGGUCAUGAGGGUAGGCCACAAAGAGUCAGUGAGCCCCAUGCCACCAGCAGUGGGCCUGAGAGAAGUGGGGCUGCCCCAUAAUCCAUGUACAUGCCUGAGGAUACACCAGGAGGCAGAUGGGGAAGAAAACCUAGCAUCACAUUGGACCACCACAAACUGAAAGAGGGUGGAUUUAGAUUAGAUAUUAGGAAGAGAUUCUUUACUGUGAGGGUGGUGAGGCACUGGAACAGGUUGCCCAGAGAAGCUGUGGAUGCCCCAUCCCUGGAAGGGUUCAAGGCCAGGCUGGAUGGGUCUCUAGCAACCUGGUCUAGUGGGAGGUGUCACUGCCUACAGCAGUGGAGUUGGAACUAGAUGACCUUUAAGAUCCCUUCCAACCCAACCCAUUCUAUGAUUCUAUGAUUUUAAAUAGUCAAACAGCUUGACAGGUCAUGGGGUACUGGAGGAAAAAAAAAAAAAAGGCUAAACUAAACAUGCAGCUAUGCAGUAUACAGAUACUUUCAGAAUAUAAGCGUAUGAUUUCGCUUUACAAACCUAUUUGUUACAUCCAAGAUAAGAUUCCUUUUUCUAAAGCCCUCUCUCCUUCUCAUGCCAGACUUUCAAAUUAUUUCAGUGGGAGAUCCUCAUGAUCUUUGAGGAUCUGGUGUCUGGCGAAGUUGAACAAUGGUGUGUAGUGUAAGUGAGUCUAAAACACACCUGAAAAUGUUCCCAAGUUGUGCUUGUGAGGGAAGAUUAGGGAUAGGAGGGUUGCCCUCACCACAGAGGUUAGGUGAUGAUGUUAAUUAUUAUCCAGGAUAAGGAGAGAAAGUAUGAUCUGCUGUUGAUAGACUGUAGUACAAACCUAUGAAUGGUGUCCUAUAGAGAGCGCAGGCAGGAAAGAUAGCGAUUGUCUGUGGUAACAGGAGCUCCUUCGCAUAUUCCAUCCUACUAACACUUAUUUGGAAAAGAGAGGAGUACCAGUUCCCAGAGUUCAGGUAGGUGCUUUUAGACCUGGGGUUUUGGAAAAUAACUUGAGGAAGUGGGUUUUCCUAUCCUGCUAAUGUGAAAUUCCUCUCUCCUGGCAGCCAAGCCUUUUGGACAAGUAGUAGAAAAGUGCUGCAUUCUGAUUUCUUGUGGUUAUUCCUACUCUGUAGUAACAGAAUGGAUACAGCAUCAGCCGCAGAGGACUAAUGCCAAUAAUUUUUAUCAGAUUACUCCUCUCCAGCUGCCUGCCACAACAAAACAGGUGCUAUAAAGCAGCACAUUUUUAAGCCCACGUGUAACACUCUGAAGAUACAAUCUAAAAAGUGAGGCUCAAACAUCACAUCCACAUCAUGACUUUGCAUGCUGUCUGUGAGUCUUUCCCCCUGGCCAGCUGCAGUGGUUAUUCAGCCAGUGAAGUGCUUCAUCCUUUUGGUUUCUGGGUGCUCUCUGCUCUGCUCAGCAUAGAGCCCUAAAAUUAGAGGAAAUCUGCAAAGUAGGGACUUUGAGCACCGUGAAACUUUAAAGGAGAGUUGUUUGGAUCUGAGGCUUUGGUUCAAGACCAUCUCUAAAUUAAAGGCUUGGCUGUGCCUCUCCUGUCACCCCUGGUGGGGUACGUGCCUUGUGGUACGUUAAUGAAAUACUGUUCCAAGGACUGCUGUGUUACAGCUUCCAUGACGUGGAUUUUUCAGCAAAACUAGGAGUCCACUUUUGAGAUCAGUGCCAGGUUCACGACAUUGAGCUGUCUCAAGUUGGGUUGCUUCAAAACACAUCUGGCAGUGAACGUUCUUACUACAAAUGGGUCUUCAAGAAAUAGUGUUGCUAAGCAUCAGUGUAACUUUUUAUUUAAAAAAAGAAUGUCUUUCUAUGUAUGUAAAUGUAUAUCUUUUCUGUAUAUUUAUUAGGUUUUCUUGUACAAAAAGUGCAAUAUUAAUAAUUGUACAUUAAUUUGUCCAGAUAAAACUAUUUUGGGUUUUUUUUUAAUCUCCCCAGAACUUUGUUCCUCUAAAAUCAACAGUAAUAGCGUAUUUCUCUUAAUUUUAAUAGCAUUUGCAUUUAAUUGGGGAUCUGCUUCACUGUGCACAGAGUGCUUUAUAAACUAUGACAUGAGGGAGGGAUGAUGUUUUUAACUUGUGAAAUGAUAAUUAUGCAUGGAAUGAAGGACAAUUCCUUAACAACAAUAAUAAUAAUAAUGAUGAUGACGAUGUGGUGGAUAUUUCUAGUACAGUAGUUAACAAAAAGCAGUAUGGGGAAGUAUUUUCAUUUGUUUAAUAGCAAAACAUAUUCAGAUGAUCACAUGUUGAAUAGUAGCUGUGUAACUGUGCAUAGGCAUAGGAUAUACAGGAAUGAUCAGAUCUGGAGGGGCCACUGUGUUGUGUCUGCACAGUGUGGAUUUAAUUUCACAUCUGUCUUCUGAAUUGUGACUUGGCAGCAUCUCAGUUAAGAUAAGGGUUGCUGGAUAUUUUAUGAAAGGAUGCUUUCCUUCUCUAAAAAGAAAACAAAACAGCAAACUUGUAUUUAUAUAACUUUUUGUACAAGUAAUGCAGGUUACUUAUUUAUCUACUGCUGUCUGACGUGUUGUUUAUUAACCUUAAAAACAAAAGCCAAACAAAGCAGCAAAGCUGUUGGAGUACUCUGUCCUUAUUCUGUAUUACGAUAACAGCACACAGCUGUCACUCAAAAUACACAUGAUCUACCUGCCUUGGGGAAAGAGGAUGUCUUAACUUAUUUUUAAAAAUCUCCAGCCAUUAAGAUUCUGAACGCUGUUUUGCAGGUCUGAUUUAAUUCUUCAUUUGCCUUACGUUAUUCAUUUUGUAUAUUUUCUUGCCUCUAUUACUCUUGCAGAACUGUAAGGCCAUCACUGCUGGUCCUAGGAUCAUGAAAAUCAGUAAAAUAUCAUAUUUUUCUAUGCAGCAAAGCUUAAAAAUGUCUUGUGACUUUUCCCAGCAACUUAUGGCAUGAAGCAAUCCCUAUUACUUCCGUCUUUCUUUGUAAAUCACUGCCUUUAGUAAUGGAGCUUGCAACUCCUCGAAGCAUCAAGUGUAUACGUAGAAGGAA